UACUAGACCAUUGUAGGAACACAGAAAAGAAAAUAAACUGAGUACUAGUAUGUUCAGAUUGACUGGAAUUCAAAGAAAAUAGCAAGAAGAACUCAUUCACCUUCAACAAGUGGCAUGUGGACCUCCUCCCAUUUUAAAAGACUUGGCUUGGAGAGAACUUUACUUGCCAUUGGCUGCUUCCUUCUCAUUUUGACCACUGCUCAUGCGCAAACUGGAUCCGAAUUGCCAGGGAUAGGAGCUCUGGGAGUCGUGGGAAUUUCCAUGACUGCGUCGACUUCAAUAUUGUCUUCAGCAAUUCGAGAUCUGAGGGCGGAUCUAGAGGCGUGUGAAGACAAACUUCAAGACUUAGAAGAUUGCGAAACCAAGCUGCGAAAGGCAAGGGAAGAAGAGGAGGAAUGUAGAAAGGGACAAAGUGAAUGUGAAGAGGCGUAUUCUAAGGCAAAGGACGAUCUAAGUAAAGCAAAGGACGACCGCGCGGCUUGUGAUACUGAGUUUGGUGGAAAUUUUAAGGAGUUUCUAAGCAAGUUUUGUAGUGCGUAUGGGAGAGAGUGUGUCUGUGCUGUAAAUACUACGCCAGAGGAAUGUGCUGCGGAAACCGAAACUACCUGUGUGUAUGAUGCUGGUCAAGGAUUUUGUAGAUAUAAUCCCUAGAAGCCACUGGACAGUAAAUCUUGCAGCAAGCUACACUCUUUUGAUGCUAAUGAACUCAUUGCUGCUACCGGUUAUCUAGAUGCAUUAGAAAGCAAAUUUUGUUGCAACAAGUUACACCUUUUUAAUGCUAAUAAUUUCAUAGAUACAUUGGAAAGGAAAUCUUGUUGCAACAAGCUACACCCUUUUAAACUAUAAAAAUGAACACAUUAUUGAUACCGGUCUUGUAGAGUAGCCCCCCCCCCGGAAAACUGGUUUUGAAGUAGAAUCCCCCCCCCCCCCCUGGAAAACUUACUCUAGAGUAGGAUUUCUCCAGAGUCAAUUUUCUGGGUGGGGGGAUCCUACUCUGUGUAGUAGUACGAUUUACCCCAGUGAAUUAUAAUUGCUCUACUUAUGUUUUGAGGGGGAAUCGGUGGGACCUUGCUACAAAACUCCCUUUUUCAAAAUGGUGAGCAGAUGUAUUGAACAUACGUAUACGAAAUAUGACAUAAAAUUAAAAAAAAAAUUAAAUCAAAUAAAUGCUCAACCUAAGUGCAAAAUAAAAUUUUAGCCAUUUAUCAAAUGUUAGAAUUUAUUAAUUCAAUAUCGAUUUAAAACUUUUGUAAUUUUCUUUCCAUACUAUACCUUUUCGUUCAAACUCUGCUGAAAAAAGAAUAUUGUUUAAUUGUUUUAAGGACAGAUGAUACAAACUUUUGGCAAAUAUUUGAAUAUUACUACUGACUUUUAAUUUUUCAUUA